AUGGCGCGCAGUAGUGUGACAGGAAUGCUGCCUGAAGAUCAUAGCGAAAUGAGCGAGAAGCGGUUUCUCAGAGUCGGCGACAAGAUACACGAAGACCCUCGCACUGAGGAAAGAGUGAACGUGGACCUUUUUCUUCGGGAUAUUGACCUUUCAAUCAAAGAAGCGGCCAAGUGGAAGGCCCAAUUUAUAACGUGGAAGGUGCUGGGGAAAACUUCGUUUACAUUUACAUUCAAGAUCACUAGCCGACUGCGUCCUCAGCACCCCCAUGUCCUCCAAUCGUCUCCGCCUCACCUGGUCCGAGAAGGUAGCCAUCCUCAAGAAGGCUGCUCGCUCACCUAGUCUGUCGUAAAAUGAGCUAGCUGAGUGGGCGGUUGAAGAGUUUGGGCUUCCAACGGCCCCUGGCAAAACGACAAAAUACCGCAUACUUAAAUCAAGUGCUGUGCUGCGCGGACGGCCUGUGGAGAAGGCUGUACGAUCUAAAGUUAGCGCUUUCACGAUUCAGCAGUGCUGCUGAAUCAGCACUGCUGGAAUAUCACUUUGGUCUCUUUCAAAAGUCGAAUCUUCAAUUUAUCCUAACUUAAUUCAAUACAUGCACAUGAUCCGAU